AUGCUUAGUGCUCGGGAUCGCCGGGACGGGCCCCCCGCAGAGGGGGCAGCUGCGGGGCUCCAGGGCUUCGCUGUGGACAAGACCUUCCUCUCCUCCCUCAAAGGCAUCCUGCUGGAAACUGAGCUGGCCCUGACCUUCAUCAUCUUCAUCUGCUUCACGGCCUCCAUCUCCGCCUACAUGGCCGCAGCGCUGCUGGAGUUCUUCAUCACGCUCGCCUUCCUUUUCCUCUACGCCACCCAGUACUACCUGCGCUUCGAUCGGCUGAACUGGCCCUGUCUGGACUUCCUCCGCUGUGUCAGUGCCAUCAUCAUCUUCCUGGUGGUCUCCUUUGCGGCUGUGACCUCCCGGGAUGGAGCUGCCAUCGCUGCUUUUGUGUUUGGCAUCAUCCUGGUCUCCGUCUUUGCCUACGAUGCCUUCAAGAUCUACCGGACCGAGAUGGCUCCCAGGACCACCCAGGGUCUGAGCCAUGAGGAAGGGGGACUGGACUGAAGGUGCUGAAGACUUCCUUCAACACCA